GACGAAAUAAUUUAUGAUGCAAUGAAUCUGCAGACGAAAAUUACGAAAGAACAACAGUCUUGUGAGAGAGAUCAGAUAGAUUUUUACAUUUCUAAACGAUUCUACCGUUAAUUUAUAGGAUAACUUGAAUAAACGUCAUUCUAGUUUACGUUAGGUAGAAAACUAUAUCAAGAAAACGCAUAUCUCCCUCGUCCUACUUGUGCAUUUCGUAUUAGCCUACUUGUACUUAUCCAUAGCUUCAUCUGCCAGUGCCAGUCAUCAGAUAGUGGUUAAACAGUAAUCAUAUCAUUUGCGAGAAUUCACUUAUUAUCUUUCUGUCUUGUCAGCAAAAUAUUCAAAAACCUAAUUUAACAACAGUAUUCUGAUUUACUGCAUUUCAAAAUCUAAACCAAAAAAGUGUAACCUUCACAAGUUCCUUAAAGAAUUAAGAAUGUCCUUUUUUUCUCAGUUAGCUUCUGCUGUUGCCACAAAUUUGGUUAAUUCUCUGACUUCCUCCGGUAUAACAGAUCCUGUUAAAGUCACAGAAGUUUCCUCGUCUUCAUUAAUAACUAGAAAUGUUUGUAAAAGAGACCAAUGUUUAGUAUUGUAUGGAAAGGGUGCGAGUGUUAAUGCUGCUGGUUUUGAGUUGAUCAUGACAGGUAGUAGGGAUAAACUUUUCAGCCUUUGCAGGUCUUCAGAAGAAACAUUUGUGGAGCAUCAUUUUCAAAUGGCUAGAGAUAAACUGCCAUACCUAUUGAAAAUAUCAGUAGAGCUGUGUAUGCUACCCCAACUUCAAGAAGUCUGGUCUCUUAUAAUUGUUAAUCCAUGUUGGACUGCUGCACAUAUUGUUGCCUAUUAUGGUCUGCAAGAUGGCCUCAAGGAUCCUUCACUUUCCGCUCUGCUUUGCCUUUGUGACGAGUCUACUGGAAUGACGCCAAUGCAUGUGGCAGCAAAAAGUGGGAAAGCAGAGUUCGUGAAAGCUGUAAUAAGUAGUACCAUGUCCGAAAAUGUGCAGUUUGAUGCAAGAGAUCGUAAAGGAAAUACUGUGUAUCACUACGCCGCAACAGCAAACAAAGAAACAAUUGAGGCUUUAGGUUUUUGCACUUUACAAGGAAUGAUCAACUCUAAAAACGAAGAAAAUCAAACGCCGCUCCAUCUAGCCUGCCUAGCGGAUAAACCGGAUAAUGUUAAAGCUCUCAUAGCAGCAGGGGCGAAUGUCAACGCAUCUAGCAAUGAUGAAGGUUCCAUCGUUCAAACUGCUGUCGCCACUAGUUUCGCGUGUGCAAAAGAAAUUCUAACAGCUUUCCCUAAUCAACUUCACGUCAAAGAUAUGAAAAAUGGAGGCACACCGUUACAUUGGGCUACGACGAAAGAAGUGGUUAUGGCCCUUGUAGAGCUCGGUUGUAGCAUUGAUGCUCGCAACUUUAGUGGCCACACUGCCUUGCAUGUUAUGGUACAAAGAGAUCGGUUUGAGUGUGUUGUUGCUCUUUUGAGCUGUGGAGCAGAUCCAAAUUUAGUCGAUUCUACUGGCAAUUCACCUCUUCAUUUAGCAUCUAGCUCUGCAAGUCUGCUGAUAGUUCAGGCAUUAAUAGCAUUUGGUUCUAAUGUGAACAUGCUGAAUGAUCAAGGCGAGUCUCCGCGCCAUUUAGUUGUUGGGAUGCGUUCCAGUAAUGCUCCACAGUAUCUGUACUGUGUCCACGCUGUUGGCGCAAAACGCUGUUCCCAGAAAAUGCCAAAAUGCGGAGACGGGUGCAGUCCUACUGGAAAAGAUGAUGGGCAAUCUUCCGGGGUAGACCAAAUACCUCGAACGCGUUAUCUGUUCGACGCCAUGCUUCAUCAAGUGUGUCAACAUUCAGCAAGUGCUAAUCAAGGAUCGAAAUCAAGUAUUGGCGGACGCAUCUUGUGUUUGGAUGGCGGUGGGAUACGUGGAUUGAUCCUAAUUCAAAUGUUAGAGGCAUUGGAAACCAUUCUUGGAGGGCCCGUAAUCAAACAUUUUGAUUGGAUAUCUGGAACUAGUACUGGCGGAAUUCUUGCCCUAGCUUUGUGUUGUGGCAAAUCUAUUUACGAAUGUAAAUCGAUGUAUUUUCGAUUUAAGGACCAAGUUUUUAUUGGCAAAAGACCUUACAACGCUGAUCAUUUGGAGGGUUUUCUGAGAACUGAAUUCGGUGAUCGUACUAUGGCUGAUAUUACUGGCCCCAAGUUGAUGGUCACAGCGGUCAUAGCGGAUACGAUUCCUGCUGAUCUCCAUAUCUUUCGUAAUUAUACGUCACCACAAGAUUUGUUAAGCAUACCCGAAGUAAUUAAAUCUAAAAAAGCUGAAGAUCAAAUGGUUUGGCAAGCUGCACGUGCUUCAGGAGCGGCACCAACAUAUUUCAGAGCUUUUGGCUCUUUUCUUGAUGGUGGCUUGAUUGCAAAUAAUCCGACUUUGGACGUAUUGACGGAAAUACAAGAAUACAACUCGGUUAUGAACGCUCUAGGUGCGGGUAGUUCCGUUCAGCCUAUGCUAGUUGUGUCUUUCGGAACAGGGUGCAAACCAACUGAACAGGUGAAUACGAUUGAUGUCUUUCGUCCAGAAAGUCUGAUUGAUGCUGCCCGCUUGGCAUGGGGUGCGUCCGCCUUUGGGAAGUUAUUGGUUGAACAGGUGACCUCUACGGAUCGAAGGGUUGUAGAUCGGGCAAGAAGCUGGUGUAGCAUGAUCGGAUGUGCGUAUUUUCGUCUUUCUCCGUGCUUAGAGAAAGACAUUGCGCUAGAUGAAACUCGAAACGAUCAAUUGAUCCCAAUGCUUUGGGAGACAAAAGCUUUCAUUCACAGUCAUUCGGCUGACUUUAAAAGAAUCGCACAGUUGCUUAAGAACUAGGUACCUGGUACCAUUUGUGUCAUUCUUUUCCUAUUUCUUCCUUAACUUAACAUUGAAAACGACAAUUAGAUCGGAUAGUUUGUUUUGCUUUAUAAGUCUCUCUUUACAUAAAUUUACGGCGGCACAAUACAUGUUCUGUAUUUGAA